GGUUCAUCUAUAUAUUAGAGGCAUGGUGCUAUGCAUUCGCAUUCAUAAAUAUCAAGCCAAUCGGCAAUCGCUGAGAUUUACUAGUACUUACUGUACCUGCAUAAAUACAUAAACACAUACCAUAUUAUGGCCUCGAGUGAUACUCCUACCCAUGAGGAGGCACUCAGUUUUGAGCCCUCGAUAUGGGGCGACUUCUUUAUCAACUACGAACCACAACCAUUGCAGAGAUCAGAGAGGUGGAUGCAGGAGAGGGCUGAGAAGCUGAGAGGGCAAAUCCAGACACUAUUUGGGACCUGCCACGACAUGUCGGCGAGGAUGAACUUAGUGGAUUCCGUCCAACAUCUCGGAAUUGAUCACCUCUUCCAAGAGGAGAUAGAAGAUGCUCUAACAAGCAUCCAUGGCAGUGAAUUCAGAAGCUCUAGUCUCUAUGAGAUUGCUCUUCGGUUUCGCUUGCUUAGGGAACAUGGGUUUUGGGUGUCUCCAGAUGCAUUCAAUAAAUUUAAGGGAGAUGAUGGCAAGUUUCGAAAUGAUAUAGCGAAUGACCCAAAGGGGCUACUAAGUUUAUACAACGCUGCACACCUCCUCAUUCAUGGCGAGCCAGAACUUGAAGAAGCAAUCUCAUUUGCACGAAAACACCUUGAAUUGAUGAGUCAAGACAGUGUUCUCAACCCUCCAUUAGCUGAGCAAGUCAAGCGUGCACUUAGCCUACCACUGCCAAGGACUUUCAAGAGAGUUGAGACUAUUUGCUACAUGUCGGAGUACGAACGAGAGGUGGGAAAUAUUCCACUUCUUCUUGAACUUGCGAAGCUAGAUUUUAACCUCCUGCAACAUAUCCACUUGGAGGAACUCAAAGCAAUUUCUGAAUGGUGGAAAGAUCUUUAUGGAUAUAUGGAGCUACGUUACAUUAGGGAUCGUACGAUAGAGGCAUACGCUUGGUCCUACAUGAUGUUCUACGAAGAAGACUUUGCAUUCACCAGAAUGUUUGUUGCCAAAAUAAUUGCACUGGAUACUGUGAUGGAUGAUACGUAUGAUGCUCAUGCCACCGUUGAGGAAUGCCGGCAGCUAAACACAGCCAUACAAAGAUGGGACAAAAGCGCUAUUUCUAUUUUGCCGGAGUACCUGAAAAAGUUCUAUAUUAAAUUGCUAAUCAACUUUGAGGAGUUUGAGCACCAAGUGUCCGACAACGAAAAAUACAAGGUUACUUACACCAAACAAGAGUUUCAAAGGCAGUCUACUUAUUACCUACAAGAAGCUGAAUGGUCCUACCAGAAACACAAGCCAAGCUUUAAAGAUCAGGUGGUUUUGUCCACCAAAUCCUCGGCCGUGCAAUUAGUGUGUGUGGCUGCUAUGAUUGGCUGGGGUAAUGCAGUGACGACAGAAGCAUUCGAGUGGGCAGCUAGUGGUAAUGAUGCAGUCAUAGCAUGCGCAAAGAUUGGACGUUUUAUGAAUGAUAUUGCUGCAUUUAAGUGUGGAAAGAACAAGGGAGAUGUUGCGAGCUCCGUAGAGUGUUACAUGAAUGAGAAUAGGGUCACAAGCGAGGUCGCCUUUGCAAAGAUUGAUUCACUGGUCGAAGAUGAAUGGAGAACCACGAACCAGACCCGCCUUGAGCAUGGUACACUGCUGCCCAUGGUGCAGCGAGUUGUGAACUUCACCGUUUCUAUGGUACUCUUCUACGAUGACAGGAAUGAUGCCUACACAUUUGCCACACUUCUUAGGGAGAUUAUAGAGUCUCUCUUCGUGAGGCCUGCUCCCAUCUAGACCUUAAUGGUUAACUUUCUAGCCAAUGUGGCAAUCCAUCUGCAUGUAUACUUGUAUUGAAUAUGCUUUUGGCUUCUGUUAUUCAUGUUAACAAUAAACUUGUGUGCUAAGCUACUUAAUCUGCAUGUGUUUCAUUUUGAGUCUGUAUGCGUGAGCCCACGAUCUAUGUGGAUAGCCAUCGCGAGGAGUCAGUUGUGAGGGCAUCCGAGGCUAGCUCGCUGUCCGCGUCGUGCGCCGAAUUCAAAGACACGUCGUGUGGCUGUGGGGAUGGACGCAGCUAGAUCACGGCGGCAGAAUCGGUCCUGGUGGUUGUAUUUCCAGUUUUUGAGUUGCUUUUUUUAAGGAAGUAAACAGAAAAGCAGCAAUGGUUGCGCUCCACCAAAAUGA